AUGAGCACGAUCCAACUUCCGUUCAACUUGAUUUCGGAAGUUGCAUUGACUCUCGUCACACUCUCGUCCCAUGCCCCACCCUCCUUCGCGAUUACAACUCACCAGCUCGGGCACCUCCCUCCAUCCCCUCCCCCUCCUUACUCCCUUCCCUCGCCUGGUGGACAGGCCGCCCUCUCACCACUUAUCACCUUCCCUUCCGUCCUCGCCUCCCUCCUUUCCUCCACAUACACCCCUCUGUUCCCCCGCUUACCCCCCCCACCCCUCUUUCUCCCACAAUCACCCUUGCGUUCCCCCACUUACUGCUCUCCUUUCCCCGACGCCCUUGCAUGCACCGUCUCCCUCACUUUCCCCGUCUCCCCUACUUUCCCCGUCUCCCCUACUUUCCCCGUCUCCCCUACUUUCCCCGUCUCCCCUACUUUCCCCGUCUCCCCUACUUUCCCCGUCUCCCCUACUUUCCCCGUCUCCCCUACUUUCCCCGUCUCCCCUACUUUCCCCGUCUCCCCUACUUUCCCCGUCUCCCCUACUUUCCCCGUCUCCCCUACUUUCCCCGUCUCCCCUACUUUCCCCGUCUCCCCUACUUUCCCCGUCUCCCCUACUUUCCCCGUCUCCCCUACUUUCCCCGUCUCCCCUACUUUCCCCGUCUCCCCUACUUUCCCCGUCUCCCCUACUUUCCCCGUCUCCCCUACUUUCCCCGUCUCCCCUACUUUCCCCGUCUCCCCUACUUUCCCCGUCUCCCCUACUUUCCCCGUCUCCCCUACUUUCCCCGUCUCCCCUACUUUCCCCGUCUCCCCUACUUUCCCCGUCUCCCCUACUUUCCCCGUCUCCCCUACUUUCCCCGUCUCCCCUACUUUCCCCGUCUCCCCUACUUUCCCCGUCUCCCCUACUUUCCCCGUCUCCCCUACUUUCCCCGUCUCCCCUACUUUCCCCGUCUCCCCUACUUUCCCCGUCUCCCCUACUUUCCCCGUCUCCCCUACUUUCCCCGUCUCCCCUACUUUCCCCGUCUCCCCUACUUUCCCCGUCUCCCCUACUUUCCCCGUCUCCCCUACUUUCCCCGUCUCCCCUACUUUCCCCGUCUCCCCUACUUUCCCCGUCUCCCCUACUUUCCCCGUCUCCCCUACUUUCCCCGUCUCCCCUACUUUCCCCGUCUCCCCUACUUUCCCCGUCUCCCCUACUUUCCCCGUCUCCCCUACUUUCCCCGUCUCCCCUACUUUCCCCGUCUCCCCUACUUUCCCCGUCUCCCCUACUUUCCCCGUCUCCCCUACUUUCCCCGUCUCCCCUACUUUCCCCGUCUCCCCUACUUUCCCCGUCUCCCCUACUUUCCCCGUCUCCCCUACUUUCCCCGUCUCCCCUACUUUCCCCGUCUCCCCUACUUUCCCCGUCUCCCCUACUUUCCCCGUCUCCCCUACUUUCCCCGUCUCCCCUACUUUCCCCGUCUCCCCUACUUUCCCCGUCUCCCCUACCUUCCCGUCUCCCCUACUUUCCCCGUCUCCCCUACUUUCCCCGUCUCCCCUACUUUCCCCGUCUCCCCUACUUUCCCCGUCUCCCCUACUUUCCCCGUCUCCCCUACUUUUCCCGUCUCCCCUACUUUCCCCGUCUCCCCUACUUUCCCCGUCUCCCCUACCUUUCCCCGUCUCCCCUACCUUCCCCGUCUCCCCUACUUUCCCCGUCUCCCCUACUUUCCCCGUCUCCCCUACUUUCCCCGUCUCCCCUACUUUCCCCGUCUCCCCUACUUUUCCCGUCUCCCCUACUUUCCCCGUCUCCCCUACUUUCCCCGUCUCCCCUACUUUCCCCGUCUCCCCUACCUUCCCGUCUCCCCUACUUUCCCCGUCUCCCUCACUUUCCCCGUCUCCCUCCCUCAUUCUCCCCAGCUCCCCCCCACCUUCUUCUUUGCUUACUUCCAUGCUCUUCCCUGUUUUCCACAAUCCUCUGCCCUGCUUCCCCCCACCCCCUGCCCAGCUUCCCCCCACCCUCCCUCCUGAUUCCCCCCAUCCUCUGCCCUCCUUCCCCCCAACCCCUGCCCUGCUUCCUCCCCCCCCUUUCCCACUUCCUCCCACCCUCUGCCCUGAUUACCCCCACCUUCUGGCCUGCUUCCCUCCAGGGCAGAGGCACACGCCAGGUGAGCCCAGGGGAUGA